AUGAGCGAGACCUCCUGUCCUCAGAGAGUUUCCGCAGCCGUGAGCGAGACCACCUGUCCUCAGAGAGUCUCCGUAGCCAUGAGCGAGACCUCCUGUCCUCAGAGAGUCUCCGCAGCCAUGAGCAAGACCUCCUGUCCUCAGAGAGUCUCCGCAGCCGUGAGCAAGACCUCCUGUCCUCAGAGAGUCUCCGCAGCCGUGAGCGAGACCUCCUACAGUGAUGCAGGUGAGACAGAGACUUUAGAGUCCCGUGUGCACCGCUGCUGUCGAGGAAAACGCUGCUGA